UGAUUUUUUGACUUGUUUUCUGUUGUGAAGUAACUGGCUGGUGGCUUGAAAACAACAAACAACAGCCAUCAUGACUGAAACUCAGCCCCACUCGAAGACCUUUCAGGAUAGGGAGAAGCCUUCAGCUAUCCGUGCCAGCAAUGUAUCGGCGGCGAAAUCUGUUGCUGAUGCUGUCCGCACCAGUCUUGGCCCGAGAGGCAUGGACAAGAUGAUUCAGGCUGGCAAUGGAGAAGUAACUGUAACGAAUGAUGGUGCCACCAUUCUCAAGCAAAUGAAGGUUCUGCAUCCCGCUGCUUCCAUGCUGGUGGAGCUCUCCAAAGCUCAGGAUGUCGAGGCCGGUGAUGGAACAACUACAGUUGUAGUGCUUGCCGGCAGCCUCCUUGGAGCUUGCCAGAAGCUCUUGGACAAAGGCAUUCACCCCACCACGAUCUCCGACAGCUUCCAGCGUGCCGCUGUCAAGGCCGUUGAGAUCCUUACUACCAUGGCUGUUCCACUGGAGCUGAGCGAUCGCGAGUCUAUGCUGAAGAGUGCCACUACAUCUCUCAACUCCAAGGUCGUUUCUCAGAAUUCCCAUGUGCUUGCCCCGAUGGCAGUGGAUGCAGUGAUGCGUGUUAUUGAUCCAGCUACCGCCACUAACGUCGACCUGCGAGACAUCAAGCUCAUUCAGAAGAUCGGUGGUACAUUAGAAGACACUGAGCUGAUUGAUGGCCUUGUCUUCACGCAAGGUCUGGCACACAGGUCUAGCGCCAACACUCGCCAGGAGAAGGCCAAAAUCGGUCUGAUCCAGUUCCAGAUCUCGCCGCCCAAGACACAGAUGGACAACAACGUGAUUGUGUCCGACUACACACAGAUGGACCGUGUGCUGCGCGAGGAGAAAGAGUACAUCCUGAACAUCUGCAAGCAGAUCAAGAAGGCUGGCUGCAAUGUCCUGCUCAUCCAGAAGUCUAUCCUCCGUGAUGCUAUCAACGACCUUGCUCUUCACUUCCUCUCCAAGCUGAAGAUUAUGGUUGUUACCAAUGUAGAGAGAGAAGACAUUGGCUUCAUCUCCAAGACCAUUGGCUGUCGCCCAGUUGCCAGUCUAGACCACUUCACAGCAGAGACGCUGGGUCAUGCUGAUCUCGUAGAGGAAGUGGCUGCUGGAGAUGGCCGUAUUCUCAAGGUCACUGGUACCGGUGGCAUGGCCAAGACGGUAACACUUCUUGUGCGCGGCUCAAACAAAAUGGUCGUCGGCGAGGCUGACCGAUCGCUCCACGACGCCCUCUGCGUCAUCCGCUGCCUUGUCAAGAAGAGGGCACUGAUUGCUGGCGGCGGUGCGCCGGAAAUUGAGAUGUCUCUCCGCCUCAUGGAGCACGCCAACGAGCUGACCGGAAUGGACAGCUAUUGCGUGCGUGCUUUUGCCGAGGCGCUCGAGGUCAUUCCUCUGACACUGGCUGAGAACGCCGGCCUCAACCCCAUUGCGGUCGUCACAGAGCUCAGGAACAAGCAUGCCCAGGGAGCGAAAACGGCUGGAAUCAACGUGAAGAAGGGAAAGAUCACUGACAUCUUGGAGGAGAAUGUCGUCCAGCCUCUCCUGGUCUCCACUAGUGCAAUUCAGCUUGCCACAGAGACUGUCCGCAGCAUCAUGAAAAUCGACGACAUUGUAACUGUGCAGCGGUAGUACCCCAGACACAGGUGUUGAACUCACGUGAAAUCUUGUACAAAAAUAUUAUUUUUUAACUAACCGCUUUUGGUACCUCUCCUCGACUGUCGAGACCGCAUGCUGUUUUUCUUUUCAUGCAUGCCAGACUCAUGCCAUCAAGACCACCAUGCCAAAUCAUUCAACUGGAAAAUGAUAGAAACCAUCAUUCAAAACUA